AUGCCUAUCGUUCAGAUAAACCAUACCGCGCCGCACAGCAUGUGCGACGAUCCAAUCGACCACCACCACGUGUCGCAACCACAUGCCCUCGACGACAUUGCGGUCUCCCAGAGCAGCCCGCAAACCAGCCCGAGCUUGGACGUCCGACUUGGCCACUCGGACGCUACUCAUGCCGUACAAGAUCCUUCAAAUUCGCCCAAUGAUCGCGGGCAUGACAUCUUGUGUUCGAGACCGACUUCGGGCAACGAACACGGCUAUGGUACUGCCUCUGCUGCGGGCGCAGCGGGGUCUAGCUCUGGGCCCACCUUCAGUACCAGCUCGCACUCGCACCAUCGUUUACCGCACCCGAGAGAUGUCCUCAACCAGCGUCAUCACCAUGGUCAUACCCUUACCGGGCAUAACGCGCCUUCGUCGUCGGCCGCCGGAAGACGGGCGGUGCUCGAUCACCACCACCAUGCCGGGCACAAUAUCGGUCAUGGUAUUCUGAGACGGCACCCGCAUCCUCGCUCGCCCUCACAGCAGCACCCACUCACACACUCGCGCUUGCAUGUGCACAUGCAAUCUGGCAUGCACCUGCGCAUACUAGGGCACGGUCAUCGGCAUCCCGCCGCCCCAGUCUCCUCCAAUGGUCCCCAAGGCCACGGCCAGCCUCGCCGCUUAUCUAUGCCCCCCAGCUUUCACAGCCGUGCUCGGCAAGGCGGACGACUCGGAGAUGGUGCUGUACAGUCGCAAGAAGGAACCGAAUAUCUCGACAACGUUCGCGGGCGCUUCUCCAGUUUGCCCGGCGUUCACCCGCCCCCACCCCGUUUCAGCCACGGCGGCGUCUAUCGUAACCACGCGCACGGCAGCUUCGACUUCUCACGGCACUCCCUCCACACGAUCGAGUCGUGCAGCGCUGAAGGUGACGCCAGCGUUGGUGACGGCGAACAUGGUGACACAUCCGCCCCGCCGAAAAGCCUCAGCCCGACUCCGAGUUCGUCACCGCCACCCGUGCCUCCUGACAGCCCGCCUGGGCGUGCCAAGACGUCGACGUCGGUCGCGCAUUUUGGGCCUGAGCUUAGGACCGAGCUUAGGACGAUGUAUCAUGAGGAUUUUCCUGCAGGGCAUUCUGUGGAGCAGGACGAGACGGUGCAGCAGGCUUUGCCUGGAUUGCUUUGUCACCCCGUUGUUAGUGCAGGCUCAGGAUGCGGUGGCGCGGUUUCCGGUCCUCCUCCCGUCAUUGCCGGUGAAUUACCAGGCCCAGGCUCAGGAAAUAAUUCUGUAGCACCACGUCGCAGCGGCAGCGGCCCGACACCGAGCGCAAAUGUAUCUGGUGCUCCAAGUUCUAGCCCUGUCCCAGGGUCUGGGUCUGUGCCUGGCCACCCUGCCCGUUCUCAUCUGCCCCAGGCGCAAAGCCUGGCACCGGCGCCACCGACUGCACCACCCCCAGCGCAUGUUUCUGUUUCUGCUCCCACUCCCGUGCGGAAGCGCAGAGACUCGUUGACACCGGCGCCGAUAUCACCUCGAGAACGGGACACGACCCCGACGAUGACGAUGGCGAGUCUCCGCCCGCGUGUGCCUUUGUUGCCGCCGAACACUCUCUACCACCGGUUCAACCAGCUUACGCAUGAGACGCUGGAGGGCGAGGGUAGUUGUCUAGCGCUCAAAGACGUGGUUGCGCUUACGAGGCAGGAUGCUGACAUCAAGGCACGUGUGAAGGCGUGGAAGGAAAGUAGUGGGGACGUACCAGAAGGUUUCAGCGUACUCGGCUCUUCGCUGGAGGAGGUGCUCCUGUAUGCGUCGAAGCCUGUCGAGAUUGGCGAGCACACGCAUGAUUUGCCGAUUCUUGUUGUCGCUUGCGUGGAAGAGCUUAACCGGACAGGGAUAUAUCAACCUCUUCUUUUCCGCGCGCUCCCUUCGCGCUCUCAGCAUACACUUCUGUUGUCCGUCUAUGACUCAUCCGUGGAUUUUGGCCUUCACUUCACUCCUCGCGGCCAAGCUAUGCCCGGCCUGUGUGCGCUUCUCGCAUCUUUCGCCAGUGCGCUGCCCGAGCCUCUGCUCCCGCGUGCCGUAUACGGACCGCUAUGGGAGCGGGCCGUUACACCUAGCGUGUACGAAGCUGAGCGAAAGGCCGCAGAGGAAGAAGAUGAGGAGCGGGGCCGUCCGCAGCCCCGCCGUCCGUAUUCUUUUCCCAUGAUGCCGAAACAGAUCACUGCUCAGAGCUCCCCCGAGCGUGAGCGGAUUAGGGCGGAGAAGGAGCGCAAGGGGCGUGCUCUGCGCGAGGCCGCUGAGCGUGAGCAGGUGCGGAUUGCGCAGGUGCUGUUGCGUAUGGCGCCGAGGGGGCAGGCGAGUCUCCUCGCGUACCUGUGUGGAUUUUUUGCUCAGGUGGAGUUUGCCCCUGAGAACGGGAUGAGUUUCGAAGAUGUGGCGAGGAUCUUUGCGGUGCCGAUGCUCGGAGGUGGGAAGAAGGGCCCGAAUGAGGCGGGGAGCGCGAGAGGCUUUGCAAAUGGCGGAGAAGUGACGGGGACACAUGGAGGGGAGAAUGGGGAUCUGCAAGCGGACGCGAGCCAAGGGAUGACAAGCCGUGAACAGAGCGAGUAUAUGCUCGUCUGGUUGCUCGAGAGAUGGUCGCGCAUUUCGGACGGUCUCUUCGACGAGACAUGUGGCCUCGAUCCCUCGCUAUCUGGUCCUUCACCAUCUUCGUCUCUAGAAGGAUCCGGCUUGAAGGGGAAGGUGGGGCAGAAGAUACGACCCAAGUCUGGAGAUUUCGUCACGGGCACGAAGAUAAUCAAGGGGCGAGAAGAACUUGUCGCGAACCACAUACGGAAGCCAUCGGACCAUGAUCUGAGGCUUGCCAGAGCGUGCGGGUAUGAGCUCGAGCUCACGAGGGACACGUUCGAGGAUAUCGAGCCGCCAGCUUCUGCUGCACGGGCAUCUCUUUUGCAAGGUCUGCCGCAGAAGCACAAUCAGCCGCCAGCUCCGACAUACGACCAAGUCUCCGGCCCGACCCGUCGCUCGUUGCCGAGCGGGAGCUUGCCAGCUUCGAGACGCCCGUCGAUCCCCGACUUGGGUCAACGCGCAAGGCGACCAUCGUUUCCUGAGGAGUGCCAGGCGCUGAGACCAUCUUUCACGCCUGGGAUGCGGUGCGGAUGCCCUUGGCACCAACAGCACCCUCCCUCGCCGAUGAGCGUGUGUCCUAGCCCAAAUCUUGGGUAUGGACCUCCUCCUCCCCUCUACGCAAACUGGUACCCGCAUCCCUCCGAACCUAACAUGGACAUGCCUCCUCCUCCCGAUCCUAUCCCGCCACCGCCGCAGACAUCGUACUUCAUGCGUCGAGACUUCGUCGCCCCUUAUCCGUUUCGCCCGCCGAUGCGCCCCGACGGGGCACUGUCGAGUCCAAUGGAUGUGGACGUCACACCCCUUCCUGUCAAGGUGGACGUUGCCCGGCCACUGACUAAUGUCGAUCCGAACAACCCGCUGGGUCUCGAGGUAGAGCACGACAGGGACGGUGCCGGGUCGCCAGCCGCGGUUGCGCUGGCGGGCACGGACCAUCGGUUACAAUUCUCACCGUCUGAUUCUGAACCGCAACAGUACCCUUCACAGAGUCCGCGGGCGCGUCGCGAGAAGCGAGGCAUGGAUAGGUCUACGCACAGCGAUACCGAGGAGAGUGGUGGUAGGCGGACGAAGCCGUAUGCUAGGAGUCCACACGUGAAGAAUGCUUCGUUGUCGACGUCCAACCCUUUCGCUUCUGGCUUUGAUACGCAGGACAGCCUGCAUAGUCACGGCAGAGAGAGCAGGAGCAGCCGUGGCGCUGGCUUCAAAGUAAGCAGCUCCGGCAGUAGCAACGGCAUUCCCACUACCGGUGCAAGCGGACGUAAAAGCGUGAGGGCUCUGUCCCUCUCACCGACGCCGUACGUGCAUGUCGAUGUGCCGCACUCCGCUGCCACGACCAGUUUCUCGAGUCUCGCACUCAACUCGCCGCCAAACUCGCCGCCGAAGCAGCCUUUAACGUCGCCGUUUAUGGACGUUCGCACUUGGUUACAGGACCAGUCGUCGCCGCCGUCUUCUGCUUCGACUUCAUCCAGUUAUGUGUUAACAAAACCGGAGGAACAUCAGGACGGCGGGUCGGAUGCGCCCUCGGCCACCUCUUCAUCUCCAGCUGUCGCUGGGUCCGCGAAUCUGCUCGUCGAGGCCCACGUACGCAUCGAGCAGCUCGAGCGGGCUCUGGCCAGGGUCUCAAGUGGCGAAGGCGACGGCUUCAAGGGCAGAAACAAGUCAGAGUGGGACGAUACGGAGAGGUUGAGGGUCGAGCUUCAGAUUGUGAAGGCGGAGAGGGACAAGGCACAAGGUGUCGUUCGCGAGAUGCAGAGGGUAGUUGCUGUUGACACAGCUUAG